AUGCCUAAGCGUGCAUCUUCUGACUCUGCCGGUCCAGCCAAAAAGGCCAAAACCGGCUCAUCCACCAAGCGCAACCAGCGCUGGUCCAGCGUUUCCGCCUCGGCCAAUGUCGCCGCCGUCUACAAGGAGCUCGUCGAAAAGGACCCAGCACACGCAUACAGCUACAUCUGUCUGUGUCGGUCGAUCAUCGACGACCACCAGGACGACGACGAGGAAGAUGACGAGGAAGACGACGAAGAUGAAGACAGCAAUGAGCAAGACCGCCCCGCCGACGCGGGGAAAAAAGUCCGCUGCGACAACGGCAAGACCUGUCUGUGCCGCAAACCCGCGGACGAACACCCCGGCCACCGCUGGGUCAUCUCCAAGGCCGGGUGGCAGAAGUACGUGGGCGCGCGCAUCAUGUGCAAUCUGCGCGAGCCGGAGCUGUUCGACAUGUACACGUUCAACGACCACGCCGGCUACGGGGUGCUCGAGGUCGUGCAGAACCUGCUCCUGGACUACGACGAGAUGAAGCCCAGCUGGCGCGACCAGUGGGCCGUGUGCGAGGCCAUGGUGCAAUUGUGUAUGGGGUCGUCGAUGACUCCGAUGACGAUGAUCGACGACGCCCAAUGCGUCUACGACACACAUAGCCUGAUCUGCCGCAUGUUCCUCAACAUGCUGGUCACCCUGGACAACGCUAGCUUGCUCAAGCCCAACCCCAAGGUCCAGAGCCUGCCGGCCGUCAUGGCGCAGUACAUCCAGCUGUCGACCGGGUGGGAGAAAGACGGUUUCAUGGGCGAAGACGACCACCUGGCGACCAGGUUUGCGGGAUACGUUCGCGCCUACGCGGCCAAACAUGGCAUUCAGCUCCCCCUGACAGACAAGGAGCUGGCCAAGGCCGAGGAGGUCCAACUGCCGCCGCAGGUCAAUGUUCGGGAUCCAUGGCUGUGGUCGGGCACUCUGCAGAAGUAUUCUGGCAAACAUGCAAAAAGCCAUUCGCCACGCCAGAAGGGACGGAUUGGGGGGGACUCUCUCGAUCUCACUACCUGGAGCAGUGCUGAGCGGAAGGCACACAGUUUCGAGAAAAAGGACCCCUUGGGGAAGGAGAUCAUGGAUGCCAUCAAGAAGGGGGAGGUGUUGCAGGUGGGCUAG